AUGUUAGCGAGUUCAGCAACAGCAAUGAAAGGAUUUGCAAAUAGUCUCAGAAUGAAAGACUAUAGCUCAACAGGUAUCAAUUUUGAUAUGACAAAAUGCAUAAAUUGCCAAUCAUGUGUCAGAGCAUGCACAAACAUCGCAGGUCAAAAUGUUCUUAAGUCUUUAACAGUCAAUGGUAAAUCAGUGGUACAGACAGUUACAGGAAAACCACUUGCAGAAACUAAUUGCAUCUCAUGUGGACAGUGUACGUUAGGUUGUCCAAAGUUUACUAUCUUUGAAGCUGACGCAAUUAAUCCAGUGAAGGAAGUUCUUACAAAGAAAAACGGAAGAAUUGCAGUUUGCCAAAUUGCACCUGCAAUCAGAAUUAAUAUGGCAGAAGCCCUAGGUGUUCCAGCUGGAACAAUCUCAUUAGGUAAGGUUGUUACUGCAUUAAAGCGUCUUGGCUUUGAUUACGUCUUUGAUACAAACUUUGCAGCAGAUAUGACAAUUGUUGAAGAAGCAACAGAAUUAGUUCAGCGUCUCUCAGACAAAAACGCCGUUCUUCCAAUGUUUACAUCAUGCUGUCCUGCUUGGGUAAACUAUGUUGAGAAAUCAGAUCCAUCUCUGAUUCCGCACUUAAGCUCAUGCAGAUCUCCAAUGAGUAUGCUUUCUUCUGUAAUCAAAAAUGUGUUCCCAAAGAAGAUUGGAACAACAGCUGAUAAGAUUUAUAACGUUGCUAUUAUGCCAUGCACAGCAAAGAAGGAUGAAAUCCAAAGAUCACAAUUCACAAUGAAAGAUGGAAAGCAAGAGACAGGUGCAGUCUUAACAUCCAGAGAAUUAGCCAAGAUGAUCAAAGAAGCAAAAAUCAACUUCAAAGAGUUACCAGAUACACCAUGCGAUAACUUCUACUCAGAGGCUUCUGGUGGUGGUGCAAUCUUUUGUGCAACUGGUGGUGUUAUGGAAGCUGCAGUUCGUUCUGCUUACAAAUUCUUGACAAAGAAGGAACUCGCACCAAUUGACCUUCAAGAUGUUCGAGGUGUUGCAAGUGGUGUCAAACUUGCUGAAGUUGAUAUUGCAGGUACAAAAGUCAAAGUUGCAGUUGCUCACGGCAUAAAGAAUGCAAUGACUUUGAUCAAAAAGAUCAAAUCUGGUGAGGAACAAUUUAAAGAUGUUAAGUUUGUUGAAGUCAUGGCUUGUCCAGGCGGCUGUGUUGUUGGCGGUGGUUCUCCAAAGGCCAAGACAAAGAAAGCUGUUCAAGCCAGACUCAACGCUACAUAUUCUAUUGAUAAAUCAUCAAAACAUAGAACAUCUCAAGACAAUCCACAGCUUUUGCAAUUGUACAAGGAAUCGUUCGAGGGUAAGUUUGGUGGCCACGUAGCUCACCACCUUUUACACACUCAUUACAAGAACAGAAAAGUUAAUCCAUAG